GUGUGCGUCUACCUUAAAGCAGAAAAUGCCAGGUGAUAUGAAAAAAUGUAAACAUUAGUUUUCCAUUGUCAUUUUGAAAAUCCAAUGUUUUCUUCAGAAAUUCAGUUAGCUUAGUUAAAAUAAAUUUACACAAUAUUUAAGUUACCUAUUAUUAUAUUUAUUCCUUGCAAUAGGCCUAGUUUUGAUAAGCAAAAUAAAAACCCAACUGAAGAGCUGAAAAUAAUAUUUUUCUCUUUUAAAUCAUGUUGCUGCUGGUGAAGGUUUUUGGAGGUUGUGUUGUUAAUUUUGGAAAAAUCCUUCAACAAAAACGUUUCAAAAGUUGUACAAGUUUGGGUAGAAGCAAUUACCAUCCAGACUGCGAACAACUCAUUAACAAGCAAAUAAAUUUAGAGCUUAGAGCUGCAUAUUUCUAUUGCAGCUUGCAAUAUUACUUCGACCGCGAUGAUGUGGGAUUGCCAGGGUUUUCAACAUUUUUCAAACAGGAAGCGAGAGGGGAAAUGGCGCAUGCGCAGAAACUGAUGCAGUUCCAACGCAAAAGGGGUGGAGACUUGAAGUUACUAGACAUUGAGGCGCCCAUUGACAAAAUCUGGAGUCAUUGUAAGUCAAUUGCAGAAAGCUUGAAACUAGAGAAAACUAUUACUGAGUCACUAGAAAAAAUAGCAGAAACAGCAGAUUUGAACAAAGAUUACUACACCAACGACUUUAUAACCAGUCAAUUUCUUCCCGAGCAAUACAAGGAUAUCAAAUUUUUGGCAAGUCUACUGGCAAGAAUUGGAAUUGCAGAAGGUAAUGCGGGAGUUAUACUUAUCGAUCAAGAAUUAAUGGGUAGAAAAAAACCUAUUUGAAGAGUGGUCAUUGAUUUAAUUCAGAAGAAAGAAAAUUGUCUAUUGUCAGAAAAAUAUGGGAGAUGUUUCUCAAGAAUACAUGAAUUUUGUAAAAAUAACCGAAACCAAAACUUAUAAUAAUGUUGGAAUAUAAAAUGGAUUGUAUUCAGAAUUUUGUGACAAUGAAUUUAAUCAUUCCGACAAAGAAUGAAUGAAUUGUUAUUUGCUGAAUAAAUGAAUCUGACUGACUUUGAAAACCUUGGCUAUCAAAA